GGCGGUGCCGCCCCCUCGGCCCGGCGGAUCCGGCAGCGGCCGCGCGGGGCCGGGGCGAUGGCGGCGGCGGGGGACGCGUUCCUGCGAGCCCGCGGCAGGACCCUGACCGCCUUCCGCCGAGAUGAUGAGUGCCAAUGGAAGGGGCCCUUCUACUUCAUCCAAGGGGCAGAUCCUCAGUUCGGACUGAUGAAAGCUUGGACAUGUGGAGACACUGAUAAUGGAGAUGAUGAAUGGGCGGAAGAAAUCAAAUUAGCAGAGCAAGCAGUGCAGGCCAUUAACAAGCUAAACCCUAAACCCAAGUUCUUUGUGUUGUGUGGGGACCUUGUCCAUGGAAUGCCAGGAACCCUAUGGAGAAAAAACCAAGUACAAGACUUAAAGAACGUUCUGAAGAACACUGCCCAGGACAUCCCACUGGUGUUUGUCUGUGGGAAUCACGAUGUUGGGAAUGCUCCGACAAGGGAGACGAUAGAUGAUUACUGCGAGAACUGGGGAGACGACUACUUCAGCUUUUGGGUUGGAGGUGUUUUCUUUCUUGUGCUGAAUUCUCAGUUGUUCUUUGAUUCUUCCCGAUGCCCUGAGUUAAAGGAAGCCCAGGAUGUGUGGCUGGAUGAGCAGCUGGCUGUGGCUGAAAAGCAGAAAUGCAAGCACAUAAUAGUGUUUCAGCACAUCCCUCUGUUUCUGGAAAAACCCGACGAAGACCACGGUUAUUUCAACUUGGAGAAAUCAGUUCGUGAGGAGAUAAUGGAAAAGUUUCACAAAGCAGGUAUUAAAGCUGUAUUUGCUGGACAUUACCACAGGAAUGCUGGAGGGUCCUACAAAGGACUGGAAAUGGUGGUUUCAUCAGCUAUAGGAUGUCAGCUGGGAGAAGACACGCACGGGCUUCGAGUGGUGGUGGUCACAGAGGACGAGCUGGUUCACAGAUACUACAGUUUAAAUGAACUGAACAGCCAAGGCAUAGAGAAAGAGCUGCUGGAUGUGCUUGCUAAGCAAAAGUAAGCUGUGUCAAAGGGCUUUUUCCAUAUUAGAUAAAUAUAAACAGUUUCCUGAAGUUUCCCCAGGCUGAAGUACAGAUUCCUGACUGCACCGUGCCCCAGAACAGCUCUCAGUUUGUUGUCCUCAAUAACAAGAAAGUUGUUGAUGUGUUUUUCUUUUUGAAAAUGAGACCUGUGAGGAACAUGGAAGAAGAGCAGAGCUAAUAUGGUGAAGUGCCAGUGAAAAGUACUGUUCUGAGAAUUUUCAUCUCAAAAAGGUUUGAAAUCAGUAGACUCCCACUGACUUUAAGCAACCCCUGGAUCAUACCUUGUUACCUCUGUGUUGUAUUUUCCCCCAUUUCCCAGGCUUUGUUUUCUCAGCCCUUUGGAGCCAGGAGCAAUAGGAGCACAAACACAUUCUGAUUUGCAGUCACAGCUUGGGGCUCUGUUCUAUCCAUUAGAAGGUUUUGUAUAAUGUUAUAUAGUUGUAUAGUUUCUGUUCUAUAGUUUUACUUAAUGAAAAGUGUAUAAAUGAGGCUGAUACAGACAUGCCACUGACACCAACUAAACAACUAUUUUCAUUGUGAAAUUUAAGUACCAUUCCAUUAGCAUGUAUUUCUUGCUACAGAAGUUGGAAUAACGGCAUGUGGAGAAUGUUCUGUACAGAGUACUGUUGUCAGAAGUCACUUUGUUGCAUCGUAGACAAGGGGAGAGCAUUGAUUUCCAAAUGCAAUGUAGAGUGCCUCACUGUAAUAUUACAGAAUAUUGAAAACCCUAAAAAAUAUAUUUUGUUCACUGGAAUAAGUCAUUAAAAAUAAAUUCUAUAAAAGAA